GCUACCGCCUGCACCACUUCGUAUAUAAGACCGCCCCAGCCAGCGGGACCCCGGAUUGCCCUGACUGCAACUCCGGGCUGGCUUGCUUGUCCCAUCAACCGCCAACUCGCCUGCACACAAUUGCUGGACACGCCUCGCCACUAUCCCCGCCACCUGCCUCUCGCUCGCCAACGCUGCACACACACCAUGGGCUCCGAUCUAGAUGCCCUGGUCGACAUGGGCUUCGACCGCGAGCGCGCAGAGCUUGCCGUCAAGGUCUCCGGGGGCCUUCAGCCCGCCAUCGACUGGCUCGAGGCCAACCAGGACAAGUCCAUCGACGAGAUCAAGGCAGCGCAAGCAAGCUCCGCCGCCGCCGCUUCGGACGAGCCCCCCGCCCUCCAGCCCGGCGAAGAGGCCAAGUCGCUCGUCUGCGAUGAGUGCGGCAAGAAGUUCCGGUCUGUCAACCAAGCCCAGUUCCACGGCGAGAAGACGGGCCACGAGCAGUUCAGCGAAUCGACCGAGGAGCUCGCGCCCCUCACGGAAGAGGAGAAGAAGCAGCGGCUGCAGGAGCUGCGCGAGAAGUUGGCAGCGAAGCGCGCAAAGCAGUCAGAGCAGGACAAGGAAGACCAUAAGCGCAACGAGCAGAUCCGCAUGAAGGCCACAAAAGAGUCGCAGGACAUCCGCGAGGAGCUACAGAAGAAGGAGCGCCUCAAGGAGGCGGCGGCCAAGCGUGCAGAGAAGAAGGCAGACGAGGAGGCCAGGAAGCGCGUGCUGGCCAAGCUCGAGGCAGACAAACAGGAGCGCAAGCGGAAAGCAGAGGAGGAGAAGGCGAAGCGUGCGGGCCAGGCUCCCCCUCCUGCGCCAGCACAAGCUCCGCUCGCCACAUCGUCUGGCCCUUCGACGAGCAAGCCCGCCAGCGCAUACACCGAGGCACGACUGGCGCUACAGACGCCUGGCGGAAGAGUCAUGAAGACGUUCCCCGUAGAGACGACGCUCUUCGAGGUUGCACACGCCCUCGAGCAGGACGGCACCAGCGUCAGCACCUUCACGACAAACUUUCCCAAGAAGACAUAUGACAGGACUGACUUUGGCAUGACGCUCAAAGAGGCUGGCAUGGUGCCCAGCGCCGCCUUGAUUGUCGGAUAGACUACGACAGUCACAAAGUGCUUUCUCCGUAUUCCAUCAACCAGUACUGGGCGUAUGGUCAAAGCAUGAGAGUGGCGUUGAUGAUAUCAUGUGGGAUCCCUGGUUGGUACUCUGAAGAGAGACAUGUAGAAGUAGUUUGAUCAAGGAGGCACAAAACACCAGCCACACUCGAGAAUACUCAUGAGUUACG